AUCGCGAAUUAGAAUAAGAAAAAAUUUUGAAUAUCAAAAUUUUGAAACACUUUCUCUAUCGAUGCACUCUCAGUUGAGAAUCAUUCGAGACUUCGGAACGAAUCGGAAAAGUUCGGAUCGGAAGAUCGGAAGAAUUCGGGUCGAUCGGAAAAAUUCGGGUAAGAUCGGAUCCGAACAAUAUCAAAGAUGGCGAAUGUAUGGUGAAACGUAAUUUGUGUCUUUUUAAUUGUAAAAUAUUUUUGUAACGUUAUCCCCAAAUUUUAGACAGUUUCUUGAAUGAUCGUAAUAAUAAAUUGUUAAAUCAAAAUUAUCAAUCAUCUUUAUUAAUGAAUAUCAAGAAGGAUAAGUAUCAAAUAACGCGUAAUUCUGGUCGGCCCCAAUCGUGGUUCAUCGACGCAAUUAUUCGAUGAUACAGUUGUAAUGAUAACGAGCUGCCUGAUCAACUGUGGGAAUGCCAUCCACUGAUCGACUCGACUCGACUCGACCCGAUUGAGUCGAUAACGAAAGAGAAGGAACGGAAAAAAUAAAAGAAACGGAACAAUGUGGACCGCCUCGUAUGUUCUAAUCACUUCAUGGUUGAUGAAGAAUUCUAAAAAAAGUACGCAAUAUCGCGUACUUAUACCAAUGUGAUUCGUGUCGAAUCCAAAUUUUCGUUGAGAAAAUAGAGGUAUAUGGAUUGCUGUGGAAAAUAUUUCUCACGUUUGAAAGAUGGGUCAUGGUUCAAGCCGUUCCGCUUCAUCCGCAAAUAUUCUAUCAGCGGACGAACUAACCUUGGUGGAGAAUCUUUUCAAGUCUAUGUCUAGAAGUUCAGGUUCCAUAAAACGUGAAGAUAUAUUUAAACAUUGGUCCACCCAUUUGGAUGAUACAUUAUUGCAAUUUGUAGUAAAGUUUCUCUGUCAUGAACCAGGGAAAAGAGUUUCUGCUAUUAAUGGAGAGAAUUUUGGUAGACUCUAUGUAUUUGCUGUUCGUGGAAGUCCAGAAGAGAGAACUAACUUAAUUUUUAAUGGUUUCUCGGAAGAGGAACAGAAACAUGAAAUACCCACUAUUACAUUCCUUCAAUAUGUUCAAGCUACUAUAAAUUCCUACUUGAGAUUACAAAAAAAUUCUGGCAACUCACACUAUUUAACAUGGAGUAGCAUUGGGUGUACAGUGAACACUAGAAGGAUAGGAAUGAGAUCUAGAAGUUUAUGUGAAGAUCUAGUCAAAUAUGGAGAUACUUUAUCUAUCGAACAAGUGGAGAAUUGGUUUUCCACAGCAGCCACUUUCAAAACCAUUCAAUCGCAUGUUUUUCAAUGCCUUUUCCUCGUUUCUCAGAAGAAAGGAGACAAGAAUACCAGUGGUAAAAUAAACGAUUUGAAUCUUUUGCCAGGUUGCAAAGGUUUGGAAAAUAUACCACACUUUCCCAGUAUUCUAGGAUUGGGUGAUGUUUUGUUUUUGAAUCUGAGUUUGCCUCAUGAACUUCGCAACGAAUGGAGAUUCCUAUUUUCCAGUCAAGUACACGGGGAAUCAUUUUCUACUAUGCUCGGAAGAAUAACCAUGCAAGGUUCCACCAUUAUAAUACUUCAAGACAUGGAUGAUCAUGUAUUUGGUGGUUUUGCUUCGAAUAGUUGGACAACUGGGCCAAAUUUUAUAGGAAACGAAUCUUCCUUUCUAUUUAAACUUGAACCAGAUAUACUUACAUUUUCUUCCACUGGUUACAAUAAUCAUUAUCAAUAUUUAAAUCUUCAUCAACAAACUAUGCCUAAUGGUUUGCUUAUGGGAGGCCAAUUGAAUUAUCCAGGCUUGUGGUUAGAUUGCGAAUACGGAACUGGAAAAUCGAGCGUAUCCUGUACAACUUUUCAGAAUUAUAUUCAAUUGAGUGGCAAGGAGGAUUUUAAAAUCAAGCAUUGUGAAGUGUGGGGCGUAGGUCCUAUUCCGGAAAUAGAAGAAGAAGGACGCGAGUCGAAAUCGAUUUUGGACCAAGAUUCUUCUUCGAAGGUCAUAUUGGAAAUGUCUGGCCGCAAAAUGUACAGCGAGGGAUUAAGGGAGGAAAAAGAAUAAUUGUGAUACCAGAGAUUUAUUUGAGACUUUACACACAGAAUGAAAAAAAGAAAAAAAAAAGCAUAUCAGGCUAUUUAAAUUUCUAUUAGCUUUUUAGAAACAAAAGGAAAUCAUUGUAACACAAUAUUUGUAACUCAAUGAUAAAAUAGAAAAAAGAAAAAAAGAUAUCAUAGCUUUCGUGAACGUUUUAACAGAGUAAUAAUAAAAAAAAAGCUUAUUUUUUUUUCUGUUCGCUAACUAAUUUUUUUCGAAGAAUAAAAUUCUAGAUCUUUGUAACGGCCUGAUUUCUAGUACUAUUGUUAUUUUUAAUCGACUCUACGAUACAGUGAUAUAAUACCUAAAAAAGAGAAAAAAAAAAAAAAAAUAAAAAAAGAAAAAGAGAAAAAAAUAUAUCGAGUUGCUGUUUUUCGAAUGCCUAUUAUCUAGUGCCUGGUGAAUCAUCAAUCAUUUUUAAUUGGACCUCUUACAAUACAUUAAAGAAAGUUUAUCAAUGAGAAGAAAUUUGUACAAUACAUAUUUAUUAUAUAUACAUAAGACUGUAUAUGUGUUAUUCAUAUAUGACUGAUGGUGGUCACUGUUCACUCUAUUGUCGGGAAAAAGAAACCAAAGAAUUUACAUUGCACUGUUCAGUAUAAUAUUACAGAAUAAUUUCAAUAAAGAAUUGAAAUCUUGAGA